CAUUACGUAAUUGUAAACUGGUUCUUUGUCUAUCGUUUAUAGAGAACUAAACUACACAUGGAUGUCUAAGGGGACAUACUAUAGGGCAGUGGGAGAAGAAGCAAUGUGCUGACUAAAACAAAUCAGACUCUUCGCAAGCAGGAUGGAGAAACCCCUCUGCUAUGUUCCUAUUGUGAGCAGUGCGACCCUGUGGGAGAGAAAUAUACCUCAUACAACUCCCAGCCCUCAUCAUGGAAGAACACCUUUGCCCUGCACCAGAUUUAUUACUCACAUGAAGAAUUUUUCUGACUCUUAUAAAUUUAGUAACCUACGUUUUCUACAAUUCCCAGAAAGGACUCGAGGUCCAAUUGCAUGUAAACGACUAAUUACUGCUAGCCAAUACAUAAUGCCCGGGCUUACUGAGAACAUAGAUUGUUUGGAUGAAGAAAUCUAUGGACGAGCCUGUCCCUCUCCUACACCAUCCAAUGAGAUGGAUGAGACUCCAUCCAGUGCUGGGAAAAAUAAGAAGCAAACCAAAGAAAACCCCAAGAAGGCCUGGAGCAGUCCAUAUUUGGAAAGCCAAAUGGCAAAUAAGCAUGUUCGACCACUCUCAACAAAACCUAUUCACCUAGAGGCUUCAGGUAGACAUCUGAGUCUUCAUAAGCAGCCCCUAAGCAAUUCCAAGGGAGAUACUGCUCUCCAGCAGAGGCCUUUCACUGCCAUUGGCCUGUGUGGCAAGAAACAGGCCCAUGGCAUCCAGGAGGCCAGCAGGCGGAGCGUGUCAGAACCCAAGCUGGAAGAGAGUACAGCAGCCACAGACGAUGAUGCAGACGCCUACUGGGAUCUCCAAAGCAGAAACCUCCUGGUCGCCACAGGACACGCACUGGGGAAAGUCAAGGUUGCCACGGCACCAGAGAAGCUAGCCAAACACACUCAGCAUCAUUAUCUCCCAGAGGAAGGGAGGCCCAAGGCAGAUGGCCCCCUCCCAAGCAAUCUGGCAAUAGCACCCCUUCCUGUGCUCCAGGGUGGUGCUUGUACCCAUUUUCCCUCCAAGAGGUUAAUAAAGGUUUGCUCCUCGGCACCGCCUCGCACACCCCGGGGUUUCCAUAAGGCUUGUUCACAGGCUCUGCGGAGGCCGGUGGUGAAUGCGGUGAUGAAUGCUCACUUGCAUUGACUGCGGAGGGAAUUGUUCCACGGAGCCCUGCCCAUCCGUCCGGUCAAUGCCUGGGCCGAACAACAGAAAGGGCCUCAGAUGUACUGGUUUCCACAGCACUAUUGUUGGGCUUUUGUAAAGCAUUUUUGAACCUAAUAAAUAAUGUCAAAAGUCUCUGUCCCAGCCCAAAAUGUUCCUUUUGGAAGCAUCACUAAUCGUACUUUUUUUGUUGUUGUUGUUGUUUGUUGUACAAUGUCGCAAAGAAUGCGCGCCCCACAAUGG